AUGAAGGCAAAUUUUAUGAAAAGGAAUAAGACGCUCAAAUUGUUCCGCCCGAAGACAAUCGAUGUUGAACAAAUGGACAGUUUACGCUUCGUUAUCAUCCAAGCUUCUCAGGGGAUUGUUCAUCAGGUACUGUGUUUCUUCAUCAAACUGCAGGUCCUUUUUGCUUUCGUCCUGUGUCUUGUGUGUCUUGGUUCGCUGACCGAAUUGACCUUGUAUAUUCGUUGGUGGAUAUACAAAAUAGUCAAACACUCAGAAGUUGCAUCUCCGUCUAGUUUGGAUGCGGGAGCCAAGGAAGAUGUAGAUGAAUUAUCUGUCCAUGUGAAAAUGGGAGACCAAGCAUUGGUAGAAAACCAAAUCCAAGAGGCGUAUCCUGUUAUAGUCUACAUGGAUUAUUUGCAAUAUCGUGCAGCCGAAUUGGAGUCGUCCUCAAUUAUAACGAUACUAUGUGCUUAUUCGGUCCCCUACAAUUUGUGGAAACUGCUCACUGCGCGCAGUCCGACUGUGAUCGGAUCGAACGGGAUUGAACGGGAGCAUCCGUUGACCUGUUUGGACGGGAUUCGAGUGAUUACCAUGGUGUGGAUCAUUUUUGGUCACAUGUUCUUGUUCUAUGCCUCGUCGGCUAAUAAUCUACUCGUUGUUUUUGAAGAGAUGUUCAAAUUACCCAGUUUCAUGAUUCUCGUCAGCGGGACCCUGUCUGUGGACACGUUUUUCUUCAUGUCUGGUCUUCUAUCGGUGUAUCUCACGCUGAAUCGGUAUCGUGUCACUUAUGGAUCCAAAGAAUUGACCAAAUUUUGGAGCCUUUUCACGCUGCACCGUUUCAUUCGAUUGUCCCCCGCCUAUUUGUUCGUUCUGAUCAUCUAUACGGGACUGAUAAACCAUAUUGGAGAUGGUCCAUUUUAUCCGCAAGAUUUAGACUGGUCGGAUUACCGAGUUUGUCGUCGAAAUUGGAAACGUUUCCUGGGCCUCCUUUUUGCCGCGUUGCUCAUCAUUUCCGGUUUUGCUGCAACCAUAGCCCUGGUUCACAUAUACCAGAUCGGGGUACCCACAUUGGACGUGAACUGGUUCUCUGCUAUGUAUGUGCGUCCGUACGCACGUUGGGGAACGUACACAAUCGGGAUGGUGCUCGGUUGGAUUCUGAUCGAUUAUCCGCACCUCUCAUGCAAGUAUCGUAGCCGUGGCUCACAAAUCGGUUUGUCCAUCGGCAGUGUUGCUUUGGCCUCACUAUUGACUCUGCUACCGCUAUACGGUCCUUAUCGCGUCACGAGUGGUGAAUUGCCCCCUCUGACUACUCUCCAAUCGGCUUUCUAUCACGGUUUGUCUCGACUCUCAUUCGUUCUGGGUGUGGCGAUCACGGUUUUCCUGUGUGCGACCGGAUGUUUAGAGCCCAUACGACGGAUCUUGGCCUGGUCCGGAUUUCGUACCGCUGCACGAUUGACCUACUGUGCCUAUCUGACACAUCCGAUCGUGCUCAUGUAUCUUCAACUGAGUGCAGAGGCCCCAGUUGUGGUCAACAACAUUCUCCUGGUCAGUUUCUGA